GCCAAUUGCGUAUGUGGCCGCGAGCGGGUGGGUCCUUCGCCGGUACCUGUGUUCACCCGUCCGGCGCUUUCCACUACUGACCUUGCUGGCUCCCCGACGCCUAUGGAGCCUGUGCAGGUGCCCGACGCCGACGCCUUCCGGGCCUUCCAGGAUCAGUGCGAGGCGGAGAGCGGCUGGCAGAGCAGAUACAGCCGGGAGGGCGUUGGGGUGUGGGUGCAGCCGCCCCCGCCCGCCGGCCCCGCCGUGCACACCGUCAAGUGCUGCAUUGACAUCCAAGAUGUGCCAGCGGAGACGGUAUAUGAUGUGCUGCAUGACAUUGAGUAUCGCAGGAAGUGGGACAUGAACGUCAUUGACACACAUGACAUUGCCCGGCUUGCCACCAAUGCUGAUGUGGGCUACUACUCCUGGAAGUGUCCAAAGCCCUUAAAGAACAGAGACGUGGUGACACUGCGAUCCUGGCAGGUUGUGGAUAAAUCUUACAUGAUCAUCAACUUCUCUGUCAAACACCCGCAAUAUCCUCCCCGAAAGGACCUGGUAAGGGCUGUUUCUAUCUUGGCGGGGUACUUGGUGCAGUCGACUGGACCAAACAGCUGCACCUUGACUUACCUGGCUCAGGUGGACCCCAAAGGGAAACUGCCAAAGUGGGUUGUGAAUAAAGCUUCCCAGUACCUGGCACCAAGGAUGCUGAAGAAGAUGCAAAAGGCCUGCUUGAAAUACCCCUCCUGGAAACAGCAGCACAAUGUCAGUGUGAAGCCCUGGCUGUAUCCUGAGCAGAACAAGCUCCCCACCAUGAUGCUGUCAGACCUGGCGCUCCAGCACGCUGCCUCUCUGGAGAACAUUGAUGAGAGCAGCCUGUCAGAGGUGAAGGACGAGAGGGGAGACCAUAGUGGCUCUGAGAACUGAUGCUGCUUGGUUCUCUUCCAGGAACAACACUGCACUGGACUGUGUUUGGACUCUUCCUGACAAUUUUACAUUAAAGGGGGGGAAAUGUAUUUUUA